GUCCCCAGAGGCCCCCAGCCCGCACCCGGACAACAGGUGCGCCGAGGAGGAGGGCGGGAGCGGGGGGGCGGGGCCCUCGGGCCUCGGGGCGCGCGGUCCCCCGGGUCCCCCCCGCCCGCACGAGCGGCCGCGGCGCGGGAGGCGGCGGUGGAGGCGAGCGGGGCGCGGCGGCGGGCACCACGGCGGGCACCGCGGCGGGAGCGCGAGCGGCGGCGCCAGCCCAGCCCCGGCCCGCGCGUCCGCCGAGCCCGGGGUCCGCGGAGACAUGAGCGCCCGGCAGCGCGACGCACCCCAGGCGCAGCGGCGCGGCCCCGCGGCCCCGUGAUGGGCUCCUGCGUGUCUCGAGACCUGUUCACAAGUGCCCACAAGGACUGCCCCCUGCCUCACAGCAUGGACACCCUGAACCCAGACUUGCCCACUAUUGCUCCAGACCAUGUCAUUGGCAAGGACAAACAGAUGGAUUUCUGUUGGGAUCCUUGGCAGAGGUGCUUCCAGACCACCAGCGGCUACCUGUCCGACUCCAGGGCCUGCUCCAGCAGCUACAAUGUGGCUGCCCUGGCCACCUCGUCCCUUGUGGGCGUCGUGCAGAGCAUCAAGGACCACAUCACCAAGCCCACAGCCAUGGCGCGCGGCCGCGUGGCCCACCUCAUCGAGUGGAAGGGCUGGACGGCGCAGAGGUCAGCCUGGGAGCUGUCCCCGGAUGACGACGAGCCCUACUGCUGCCUCUCGGACGAGCUGCGCGAGGCCCGCUUUGCCGCCGGGGUCGCAGAGCAGUUUGCCAUCACGGAGGCUACGCUGAGCGCCUGGUCCUCGUUGGACGAUGAGGAGCUGCACCCCACCAACAGCCCCCGGGACAUGGUCCAGCUUCAAGACCUGGAGAGCGUCUACCUUCAGGACAGCCUGCGAAGUGGCCUCUCGCUGGACGACAGUCUCCUGGCCUUCUCCUCCCCUGGGCUCUCCCCGGAUGGCUGGCCCUCCCCCGAGGAGCCCCCACUCUCAGUGGCUGGCCCCCACCCCCCCAGCCCUGGACAGCAGCGGCAGCCGGAGCCAGGGGGCCCAGACCCCGCCCGAGCUGCCCGCCUGCAGGGCUCUCUGCCCUCGGUGGACUGCGGCGUCCCCUCCGAGGAGGAGGAUGAGGUGUUCUAUAACUGAGGCCCGCCCCGACAGCGCCUGGCCGUGAGGCUCCUGACCCCUCUGGCCAGCAGGGACGGGGCCAGUGCUCCUGGGGGGGCCACUCUGUGCAUCCCCCUUUUCUUGGCUCAGGUGGGCACCUUCCUCUGCAGAAUUCCCUCCAGGGGACGGCUCAAGUCUGCUCAGGUGCCGCCCAGAGGAACCAGCAGCUGGGAAGGGGCCUGGGACACCCAGGGGAG